CCACUCCCCCAUACAUCUUCCUUCUCCUACCCACAUAAAAGAUAAAUAAUCCCUCAAGAUAUGACCCUCAAAACCCAAAACACAUUCAUUUCAAAGCUCAUCAAACAUGGCCACGAAACCAAGCCUACUUCUCUCCAUACUCAUUUUCUCUUUCAUCUUCCAAACAGCUCUCUCAAGAAGCCAUCACCACUCUAGCCGUAUACGUACUUGGUGCCAGAAAACCCCCCACCCCGAGCCAUGCAACUACUGCAUGUCACAUAGCCGUCACCGUCUCAUUCCGAAACACACCUCCGAAUUUCGAAAAAUGUUGGUGCAAGUGGCCUUGGAGAGGGCUCUCAAUGCAAAAUCAUACGCCUCCCAAUUUGGCCAAAACUGUCAAAACAAUCAACAAAAAGCCGCAUGGGCCGAUUGCUUGAAACUUUUCGAGGACACCGUCCACCAGCUCAACAUUACCCUUGAAGGCUUAGGCACCAAACGCAAUUGCUCCAACUUUGAUGCACAGACUUGGCUCAGCGCUGCCCUCACCAACAUUCACACGUGCCAAGUUGGGUCUAUGGAGCUGAACGUUUCGGAUUUCAUAGCCCCUAUAUACACCUCCAAUAACAAUGUGUCCGAGCUAAUUAGCAACGGUUUGGCAAUUGGUUCACAACUUUUAGGCACGGGAGAAAAUUACGCAGAUGAAGAGUAUCCGAAUUGGGUUUCAAAGCACGAUCGGAGGCUGUUGCAAGCUUCAAAAAUCAAGGCAAAUCUUGUGGUUGCCAAAGAUGGAUCUGGGCAUUUUCGGACGGUUCAAGCGGCCAUAGAUGCAGCGGCUAAGAGGAAAAUAACUAGUAGGUUUAUUAUCUAUGUGAAGAAAGGUGUUUAUAGAGAGAACAUUGAAGUUAGCAACACUAAUAAUAACAUCAUGCUGAUUGGUGCUAGCAUGAGAUAUACAAUAAUCACAGCUAGCCGAAGUGUCAAUGGAGGUUCCACAACCUAUAAUUCCGCAACUGCUGGCAUAGACGGUCCAGGCUUCAUUGCUCGCGGCAUCACAUUUAGCAACACGGCCGGCCCACUAAAGGGCCAAGCCGUGGCGCUGCGGUCAGCCUCCGACCUCUCAGUCUUCUACCGGUGUGCCUUCCAAGGCUACCAAGACACCCUCAUGGUGCACUCUCAGCGCCAAUUCUACAGAGAAUGUUACAUAUAUGGCACCAUAGACUUCAUCUUUGGCAACGCAGCUGCAGUUUUCCAAAGUUGCAUUAUUUAUGUGAGAAAGCCCUUGAAGGGCCAAGUCAAUGUCAUCACAGCCCAAGCCCGAAACGACCCAUAUCAAAACACUGCAAUUUCAAUCCAUAAUUCUCAAGUGCGGGCCGCUGCAGAUCUGAAGCCCGUGGUUAGUGCUUUCAAAACCUACUUGGGCCGGCCCUGGAUGAAAUACUCUAGGGUUGUUUUCUUGAAAUGUUAUCUGGACAGUUUGGUCAACCCAGUGGGCUGGUUGGAGUGGCAAAGAAGUAAUUUUGCGCUUAGCACUUUGUAUUAUGGGGAGUACAAGAAUUUUGGUCCUGCUUCGUCUACCAGGUACAGAGUGAAGUGGCCUGGUUUCCAUAUCAUCACCAGUGCAAAUGUGGCGUCACAGUUCACCGUCAGCAGCCUUAUCGCCGGUCGGUCCUGGUUGCCGGGCACCGGGGUUCCAUACACAGCGGGGUUAUGAUCAGGUCCUAUAUGUUAUGAUUGUGAAUUGAUUGUAUUUUAUUUGUUUAUUUGGGCGAAGAAAAAAAAUAUUUAUUUACGUCUAGUGGAUGUUGUUGGUGUUGGAUUUUUGUACAUUAUGCUGUCAUAUAUGGUACAUUUUCACAAGGAAUGAAUAUGAUUAAUUAUU